GGUUUAGAAUUAUACCGACUAAGAUUUAAACCGGAAUAUUAUCUUCUUAUUUUCUAUUAUUGCCCAAUCGUUCUUCUCUCGUAGCCACCAGAGUCACUCCGUCUCUUUCCACGGCGAGCUUGAGUGUUUUCAACUUUCUUUGUCCGUCGAUCCGAAUAUCUUAGCACUUUCCUCUUGAUCUUGAGGGAGGGAAUGAGAUCCCCUAGAAUCUUGGAGGUUUGGAGGCUAGGCACUGUCAACUAUUUGAAAUUCCUUAAAAUCCAAGACAAGUUAGUUUCCGAGAGAAAAGCUCAUCAAAUUCCAGAUACCCUCCUCUCCCUUGAGCAUCCACCAACUUACACACUUGGAAAACGUAGAACCGAUCACAAUCUACUGAUCCCUCAAUCUCAACUCACAAAAAUUGGAGCUGAGCUUCAUUAUACUCAAAGAGGAGGAGAUAUCACAUUCCAUGGCCCUCAUCAAGCCAUCUUAUAUCCCAUCAUUUCUUUACGCAGCAUCGGUUUUGGUGCUAGGAACUAUGUGGAGACAUUGGAGCGGUCAAUGAUCGAAUUUGCUUCAAUGUAUGGCGUGAAAGCUCGUCCAGGAAACAAAUGUGAGACUGGGGUUUGGGUCGGGGAUAGAAAGAUUGGUGCUAUUGGGGUUAGGAUAUCUUCUGGAAUCACUUGUCAUGGUUUGGCCUUUAACAUUGAUCCUGAUUUGAACUACUUUGAGCACAUUGUGCCUUGUGGGAUUGCUGAUAAGGAAGUUACAUCUUUGAGAAGAGAGACGGAUGCUCUGCUUCCUUCGGAAGAAGUGAUUCAUAAGCAGUUGAUUACUUGCUUGGCCAAAGCGUUUUCUUAUGAUGAUGUUUUGUGGAAGGAAGAUCCCUCGGUCAUUUUGGACACCCAAAGAUGACGAAUAAAAUACUGUUUGAUCUCUUCUCGUCUCCCAAAAGUGAUUUCAUCCUACUGGAAGCAACCUUAUAAAUUAUAAUCUAGUCCGGUUUUGGUCUUGUUAUCUAUAUAUAUACACAGAUUUAAUCUUAGCUACUGUAUGUCUUCUUCUCUUGAAUGCUAAAGAAACCUUUCAUUGCCAAGAAUCGGUUUUAUAAAUUUCUGGUUUACCUCA